AUGAUCGAGAUAGAAACCAUAACGAUUAAGGAAGCAACUGAGAUAGCUGGAGGAGACGAGCAACUAUUUCAAGAGAUGUUGGACAAGAUCCGACAUUGGCUGCAACAACAACCUCAUCUCCCUCAAGGGAUUUCGGACAAACGAUUACAGAUCACUCUUUUAACUUCAAAACUUGAUCUGGAGAAAUCUAAGAAACGUAUAGACUUGCUAUACACUCUUCGUACUCUGCUUCCCGAAGUUUUCGCCGACUAUGACCCGCUAUGCGACAGUAUUGCUCAACUUCACAAAUGCAUGCAAUGGGUACCUCUACCAAAGUUAUCACCGGAAAAGCACAGAAUCCAUGUCGUUAGGUGGAUAAACAAUGACAGCUCUUUAUUUCAUUUACAAGAUUUGUUAAAAUAUACUUUCAUGAUGUUAGAUGUACGUGUAGAUGAAGACGUAAUUAGUUCUGAAUGUGUCAUUUGGGAUUGCGCCAAUGCUACUUUUGGUCAUGUAUUAAAAUUCCCACCAAGCUUAUUAAAAAAAUGUGACCUUUGUCUGGAGGCAUACGGUUUAAGAUUUAAAGCAAUUUAUUUUAUAAACGCACCAACGUAUAUCGAUAACUUAUUGGCGAUGAUUAAAAUGUUUAUGAAACCAAAACUUCAUGAGAGAAUAAAAAUAAUCAAAUCCGGGGCAGAUUCAUUAUAUAAUAUUGUACCGAAAUCCAUUUUACCGGAGGAUUAUGGCGGAGAGGAACCAUCAAUGGCAACUCUAACUGAUAUGUGGCGUACGAAAGUAAAAGAUCGACGAGCCUGGUUACUAGAACAAGAAAAACUUAAGAUCAACGAGUCUCUCCGAACUGAAUGCGUAAUAAAUAUGGAUAAUUUAUUCGGAGUUGCCGGAACAUUUCGAAAAUUAGAAAUUGACUAA